UGCAGUACACCAGCGCAAGAAAAUUUAGCGACCAGCAGCCGCACUUGCACCGUUCUGGCAACAGACGUUUGUAAGUAAUCGAUGACUUGCCAGCUUGGCAUGGCCGUGGCCUUGUACGGCUGGCAGGUCUGGGCAUCCCCGCGUGUUGGUUGCUUCCGAGCUACUCUGCUGACUAGUCGGGUCCCCGCUGACGGGCUGCGGCGAAGUUCUCGGGAGCGGUGUCACAUUCCAGCACCCGUGUGGCAUAGCAGCAGCGGUCACUUUUAUCUUUUCAAAAAUCUCGGAUUCCACCUGCAGCCACUUUGAGGCCAAGGAAGAGCCCAAGGAAGAGGCCAAGGAUCAGAGCUCCCUGAUAUCCGAGGUUGUGCUCCUCCCCCCUUCCCCUCACUAGUGACGUCCGCCG